CCGCCACCAGCCACCGCCUCCCAAGUUUCCCGUUGUGGAUGCACGGCGCGGGUGGCUCGGCUCCUCUCGGCGCAGAGGGGCCCGAAGAGGCCGGAGGCGUGGGCUCGGGACGGGAUUUCUGAGGAAGGGGAGAGGACGGGCGCCCCACCCGCUCGGAGGGUGGGGGGCUCGGUGAACGAUGAAGGGCCGGCGGCGGCGGCGCCGGGAGUACUGCAAGUUCGCGCUGCUGUUGGUGCUGUACACGCUGGUGCUGCUGCUCGUCCCCUCCGUACUGGACGGCGGCCGCGACGGCGACAAGGGCGCGGGGCACUGCCCGGGCCUGCAGCACAGCCUGGGAGUGUGGAGCUUGGAGGCGGCGGCGGCGGACGAGCGCGAGCAGGGCGCCGAGGGGCGGCCGGCUGCCGCAGGGGGCGCGGGCCCGUCCCCCGGGUCCCCGGGCAACCUCAGCGGCGCUGUCGGGGAGGCGGCGUCUCGCGAGAAGCAGCACAUCUACGUGCAUGCCACCUGGCGCACCGGCUCGUCGUUCCUGGGCGAGCUCUUUAACCAGCACCCGGACGUUUUCUACUUGUACGAGCCCAUGUGGCAUCUGUGGCAGGCGCUGUAUCCGGGCGACGCCGAGAGCCUGCAGGGCGCGCUGCGAGACAUGCUGCGCUCCCUCUUCCGCUGCGACUUCUCGGUGCUGCGGCUGUACGCGCCGCCGGGGGACCCCGCCGCGCGCGCCCCGGGCGCGGCCAAUCUCACCACGGCCGCCCUCUUCCGCUGGCGGACCAACAAGGUCAUCUGCUCGCCCCCGCUUUGCCCCGGCGCGCCCCGGGCCCGCGCCGAGGUCGGCCUCGUCGAAGAUGCCGCCUGCGAGCGCAGCUGCCCGCCGGUUGCUCUCCGCGCGCUGGAGGCCGAGUGCCGCAAGUAUCCGGUGGUGGUCAUCAAGGACGUGCGCCUCCUCGAUCUGGGUGUGCUGGUGCCUCUGUUGCGUGACCCCGGCCUCAACCUGAAAGUGGUGCAGCUUUUCCGCGACCCGCGGGCCGUGCACAACUCGCGCCUCAAGUCCAGGCAGGGGCUGCUGCGCGAGAGCAUCCAGGUGCUGCGCACCCGCCAGCGGGGCGACCGCUUCCACCGCGUGCUGCUGGCGCACGGCGUGGGCGCUCGGCCCGGGGGCCAGUCUCGCGCCCUGCCCGCCGCACCCCGCGCCGACUUCUUCCUGACCGGCGCGCUCGAGGUCAUCUGCGAAGCCUGGCUGCGCGAUCUGCUGUUCGCGCGCGGGGCGCCCGCCUGGCUGCGGCGCCGCUACCUGAGGCUGCGCUACGAGGACCUGGUGCGGCAGCCGCGCACCCAGCUGCGCCGCCUGCUGCGCUUCUCCGGGCUGCGCGCGCUCGCCGCCCUCGAGGCCUUCGCGCUCAACAUGACGCGCGGCGCGGCCUACGGCGCCGACCGACCCUUCCACCUGUCGGCGCGCGACGCCCGCGAGGCCGUGCACGCCUGGAGGGAGCGCCUGAGCCGAGAGCAGGUGCGCCAGGUGGAGGCGGCCUGCGCUCCGGCCAUGCAGCUGCUGGCCUAUCCACGCAGCGGAGAGGAGGACGACCUGGAGCCGCCUGUGGAUGAGGAGAAGCCGCUGGAGACCGAGGCCGACGGCGCCACGUAGCUCCCGCGUCGUGCGCCCCCGGGACGGAUCCGGGUGCUGUAUAGAGUAAGGACUAAGAAAUAGCCCUGGCCCAAGUUCAAGAACAUGGGGAAGUGGAGAACCGUCUGGGAGCUGAACAGGAAGCAGUUUCAAUUGGAGAAAAGUUGCAAGGCUCAGUGAUGUCUUCAUGAGAAUUGGAACCCUUCAGCUUUGCUCCCCAGCCCCCUCCCCCGCCCUCCGGGCCCGCAGGCACCGCGCCAGCAUCCGGGUGUGACAUCUUCUGCAGCUGCCCUCGUUCACAUUAAAGACCUUGCUGGAUGCUGAGAAGAAAUCAGAGCAUCCGCUGAGAGCAGAUCGUUUUCAGUUAGGGGGUUAACGGGCUGUGAAGGGCAACCACCGCAUCUGACUUCAAAGAGGACCAUGGUCAGAAUGAACAGACCCCCCUCGCCUGAACUCAGCGUGAGUAGCAAGGGGCUUUGCUGCAGAGUGACAUUCUGGAAACAGCCACUGAGGCAGACGUGUGUCUGCGUGCAGUGGAAGCCCUUCCUGUUAAGUCUUUCCUUCCGGGCAGGAGUGCAAAAUCAAAGGAGCCCCAGAAGGCGCCAGGCGAGCCCUGAGGACGCAGGGCAGACCCUGGGCCCUGCCGGCAAGAGGCUUCGAAUCUGGCCUGAAAUGCAGUUGUCCAGAGGGCCAGCUUAGAGAGAGUAAUAUUGCAUGAUUAACGUCAUUUGGUUGCGGUAAGCAGCAGGCAGGAAGCAGAGGAAGCAGCCUAAGUCAAAGUCAGGGAACAUGACAGAGACAUUUGUAUGGGUAUCAGGAGCAGGUAGGGGCUCGGGGCUGUGAGUUCUUUUUUGUAAAGAUGAUAAACUGAGGGAAGGCAGGUGCAGCCGCCAGCGUGAACUUGGGAGGAGGCAUGAACUUGGGAGGAGGCUAACAGAUCAAGUGAGCAGCAGGGAAAAAGAUCCCAGAGCUUUUGAGAUCAGUUUCCCCAUGACCGAGACCAGACUUUUAUGAGAAAGGACUCGUCACCGCUUCAGAGAGAUUAUGGGAACAGUAAGCCAAAAAUACUAAAAUCAAGAUAGUGUUUUAAAAAUAGGACUUCCUUUCAGACAGCCCAGAGCUGGCAUAUGUUAAAUGUACGAAAUUUUAGAAGCAAUAAAAGUAGAUGGCCGUUUCUUGCUCUAAUGAAAGAUAUCACCAGCCUGAGU